AUGGCCGGGGGAGAAGGCGAUUGUGACUUCACGGCUCCUUCCGAGCGGCCCUCGAAGCUGCUCCCGAGCGGGCGGCCGGGCUCGCCAUGCGCAGGGAGCAGCCACGAGGACGAGGAGGAGGACAAGGAGGACGAGCGGCGCGCGAUGGAGGGCAGCAGUUCUGUGGUGGACAGCAAGCAGUACAACUUCAAGCAAGGCAAACAGAAGGAAGAAGUUUCAGAAAGGCAGCUGGUGAAUGACAGUCGCUUGGAAGCAGAGCAGAAACACCUAUCGUCACCCUCUCAACUGCGUUCAUCCUUGCGCUCCCCAGACAAGAUAAGAUCAGGGCUCACCAAAGGAGGGUACCGGGUGGUUUUCUCAGACAGCAAGAUCUUAGACUCCUCCUCAGAGAGGGACACAAUACAAAAGGCUGGUAUUUAUGAGCUUGGCCAGGAAACGUCAUCUGCAAAGAGAYUGAAUCUGAAUGACACAAAUACAAUUGACUCGUGCAAGCUUCGCAGCRACACAAAGCUGGGCGGCUUGGACAAUUUUGAGCACGUCUCCCUGACCUCAACUGCUCAGCACAAAGACUUUGUGAAGAAAAUGCAGGCUGACAAAAUCUGCACGGGCCACAGAGAUUACGGUGGGAAGCUUGCUGAGGAAAUGAAGGCAUCUCUGCAGAGCUCCAGUGGGGAUGCAGCACCACUGCACACCGAGGCAGGGAAUAACAGCACAAGUCCCUUCAAAAUGAGCUCAGAUCUGCACACCAGCACAUACCCCUACCAGAAUUAUGCUCUGCUAGACAACCAUUUUUCUACUUUAUCUGCAAGCUUCAAUGAUCCAACUUCAAAGCUUCACUCCUUACCAGCCGGUGCGUUCCAGGAGAGCUCACAGCCUGUAGCAAUGAGAGCCACAAUGUUAUCCUCAGUGCCUGGCAAGGCCAAAGAAGCUGCAGCCAGYAGGUCCUCAAACUAUUCGAGAGAGGACUACAAGCAAAAUGAGAGCCUGCAUUUACUGAUGUCUCCUAAACAUUGCUUCAAGGACUCACAUAAGGAGUCUUUUCCCAGUGAGUUGAGUCACCGUCCUGGUGUCACAGAAAGUCACAGUCCCACCAGACCUGAAAAAGCAUCCCAGGUUACAGCUGUUCUACAGCAGCUCCUGGAAUUAGUAGAUCRUCACUGGAAUGGAUCUGGAUCUCUUCUGUUUAACAAGGAUUUUCUUGUUCCAGCCCAAAACCUGCUUUUGCAUUUGGUGGCUUGUCCUGCUUCAMCGCAUGCUCUUCACCUACCAGCUGGACACAGCUCCUCAACCUUAGCUAGAACUGAUUCCAAAGUUCAGAGGACCCAACUGAAAUACACUGAGCAGUUUGAUAGAACCAGUAYUGCUACGGUAGGUGCUUUUAGCUCUCUGUCCACAUGUCUGUGGUUAUGCCAAAUGAAGACAAGCAGCCGAAUGUGAACUUCUUAAUAAGG